GGAUCGAGCCGCUGAGGCGGCGGUGGGAUGGCGCUGAGGAGCGGGGUAGAGGGGCCGUAAGGACCGAGGCCGAACUCCCGAGGCCGGGGCCAUGGACGAGGGGAGCCUGGAGGCGGCGAUCGAGGUGUACAAGGGGCAGCUGCGGCAGGUGGAGGCGGCGCUGGGGGCCGAGGUGGAGGCCCAGGCCCAGGCAGAGGCCGAGGCCCAAGCCGACCUGCAGCGGCUCCGCGCCGACCUGCAGCAGCUGGUCGCCCUCACCGAGUCCAGCCUGCUGUCGGUGCGCAAGAGCCGGCUACUGGAGCAGCUGGAGCCCGCACAGGACGACGAAUACGCCGCUUUCCAGGCGGCUGUGGGCGGCGGCGAGCCGGCAGCGGAUGAGGAGAGCAGCCGGGAGGAGGAGGAGGAGGUGGCGGCGGCGGCGGUAGAGGAGGUGGGGGAGGUCGGCGGCACCAAGGUGCGGGCUCCCUACCGCACACCCUGGGCACCGCUGCAGUAUUACAACGCCAUGAUCGUGGACAUGGAGAGCGACGAGCCCCCCGAGCCCACCGUGAGAGUCCUGUGGAUCCACCCCACCCAGCGCGCCAUGAAGCCUUGUCCCUACUAUCUCACUGGCACCUGCCGCUUCCUCGACUCAUGCAGAUACUCGCAUGGAGAAGUUGUGGCUAUAUCUGAACUACGAGAGUUUGAAGAACUGGACCUUAGUUCACUUGAAGUGGGGUCACCCUGUUUAGCUAAAUUUGAAGAUGACAUUUGGUACCCAGCUAAAAUCCUAGAUAUAGAUAAUGGUUAUUUUACAGUAAAAUUUGACUCCUUGCUUCAAAGAGAAAUGGUAGUGGAAGGGGAUGGGAUUAUGCCAGUACAUCGGAGUGAUGAGUCUUCCUCGUCAUCUAGCUCUGAGGAUGAGGGUCAGCUUGGUUAUGCCAAAGUUUUGGAUGCGAAACCUGGGGAGAUGGAAAAUUGGACAGCAUCUUCCAGCUCUUCAUUUGCAGGCUGGGAAGCCCACACUCGAGGCAUGGGAUCCAAACUAAUGAUGAAGAUGGGUUAUGAAUUUGGCAAAGGUUUAGGGAAGAAUGCUGAAGGUAGAGUGGAGCCAGUACACGCAGUGGUUCUACCGCAGGGGAAGUCGCUAGAUCAAUGCACUGAAAUCCUGCAAAAAAAGAGAGAAGGAAAACUGAACCAUCUUCAUAAAAAGAAGCACAAGAGGAAAGGUCAAGGCGGCUCGUGUAUUAAAGAGAGAAAAACACGGCAAAAUGUGUUUGACUUUUUGAAUGAUAAACUCCAAAGUACUGGGCAGACCAGCAGCUCGUCAGCUCAAACUGAACUUGCUAAAAGAAACAGCAAAGAAUGUUACAGGGCCAGCAACAGCAUGAAGAAAACGCUAAAUGUCCAGCUCUUUCAGAUAAUGCAAAAGAUAGACCAUACAGAAAAGGACAUUGCAAGAAUUAUGGAAGCACUUGCAAGAAAUGUUGGAAGAGACAAAGCAGUAACUUCUCAUCUUGAAGAGAAGUUGUCUAAUGCAAGGAAGCAGUUAUCCUAUCUAAAGACUCAGGAAUCCGGGGCAACGCGGGAACAAAAGAAAGGAAACACGCACAAGAUGAUGACCAAAUUCUGAUUUGAAGUCCUCCAGUGUUCUUUGUUCUGUUUUGAAGUGUAAACAUUUGUGCGGCAUUUUCUGCGGCAAAUAUAUGUAUACAAUGACAUUAGUCUAACCUGUGCUUUUAGGUGUAACUUUUUGAAGAGUUUGCAGAGAACUAAUAAGGAAAAUCUCUUCUGUUCUUAGAAGAGACUCAGUGUAAGCACCCAGACAUCACAAAUGCUCCACUAACUUUUUUAAAACCCAGAAAAGUUACGUUGUUUUGGUCUUGUAAAUCGUAAAGUGGAAGUUAUAUUAAAAUGUUUUCUCCCCUGUGA